CCAGGAAGCCGAGAGCGAGCCGCGCGGUGGUGGGCCUGCUCUUCCUCCUCCUCCUCCUCCUCCUCGCUCCCCGGACAAAGCCUCCGCGGCCUCCCAUUGAGAGAGAGAGAGCGCCUGCAACCGCCGCCACAGACGCCCCUCAGAGACCCUCGGAGCCAUGUCGGCCAGCAGCCUCUUGGAGCAGAGACCCAAAGGCCAAGGCACCAAAGUGCAAAAUGGAUCAGUACAUCAGAAAGAUGGCUUAAAUGAUGAUGAUAUUGAACCUUACUUGAGUCCUCAGGCCAGACCGAGCAACGCCUACACCGCAAUGUCGGAUUCCUACCUGCCCAACUACUACAGCCCAUCCAUUGGAUUCUCCUAUUCCUUAGGCGAAGCCGCUUGGUCCACCGGGAGUGAUCCGCCCAUGCCCUACUUGACCUCUUACGGACAGCUGAGCAACGGAGAGCACCACUUCCUCCCCGAGGGCAUGUUUGGACAGCCAGGGGCUCUUGGCAGCACCCCGUUCCUUGGACAGCAUGGCUUUAACUUUUUCCCAAGCGGGAUUGACUUCUCUGCUUGGGGCAAUAACAGUUCUCAGGGGCAAUCGACUCAGAGUUCUGGAUAUAGCAGUAACUAUGCUUAUGCGCCGAGCUCACUGGGCGGAGCCAUGAUUGAUGGACAAUCUGCUUUUUCCAGUGAGACCCUGAAUAAGGCACCGGGCAUGAACACCAUAGACCAGGGCAUGGCCGCCUUGAAGCUGGGCAGCACUGACGUAGCGAGCAACGUCCCCAAAGUGGUUGGCUCUGCUGUCGGCAGCGGGUCCAUGGCCGGUAACAUUGUGGCUUCUAACAGCCUCCCCCCGGCGACCAUUGCUCCUCCGAAACCGGCCUCCUGGGCUGAUAUUGCCAGCAAGCCUGCAAAGCAGCAGCCCAAGCUCAAGACUAAGAACGGCAUUGCAGGCUCGAGUCUUCCACCGCCCCCCAUAAAACAUAACAUGGAUAUUGGAACUUGGGAUAACAAAGGGCCCGUGGCAAAAAACCCUUCCCAGGGUUUAGUCCAGAAUAUUGGCCAGCCCCCAACCCAGAUAUCCCCCCAACCUCUGGGUCAGCAGAUGAGCAACAGCCCCCCUGCAGUGCAGCCUUCCACUGGACAGCCACCGCAGCCUUUGCCACCGCCGCCGACCCCGCAACCAACCCAGCUGCCCGUCCAGCAACAGGCAGCUCAGCCAGCCCGCUGGGUUGCUCCCCGUAACCGUGGGAAUGGGUUUGGCCAAAACGGAGUGGAUGGUACUGCCGUUGGACAGUCUCCAGCUGCUUCAGGUUCUGCCCCUCUGGAGCCACAUCCAGUCUUGGAGAAGCUGAGGUCCAUCAACAAUUACAAUCCUAAGGAUUUUGACUGGAACCCAAAGCAUGGCCGGGUCUUCAUCAUCAAGAGUUACUCUGAGGAUGAUAUCCACCGUUCCAUUAAAUACAAUAUCUGGUGCAGUACAGAGCAUGGAAAUAAGAGACUGGAUGCCGCUUACCGCUCAAUGAAUGGGAAGGGUCCUGUGUACUUACUGUUCAGUGUCAACGGCAGUGGCCAUUUCUGCGGAGUGGCGGAAAUGAAGUCUGCCGUGGACUACAACACGUGUGCAGGCGUGUGGUCCCAGGACAAAUGGAAGGGACGCUUCGAUGUGAGGUGGAUUUUUGUGAAGGACGUUCCCAAUAGCCAGCUGCGGCACAUUCGCCUAGAGAACAAUGAGAACAAGCCAGUGACCAACUCCAGGGACACUCAGGAGGUGCCUCUGGAAAAGGCGAAGCAGGUGCUGAAAAUCAUUGCUACCUACAAGCACACCACUUCCAUCUUUGAUGACUUCUCACACUAUGAGAAGCGCCAGGAGGAGGAAGAAAAUGUCAAAAAGGAGCGCCAAGGCCGUGUCAAAUAAACAACUGGAUCCUUCCUCAGAAACUGCAGCCGAGGUGUUGCGUCUUGGGUAUCUUUCAGAAAGGAAGACAAAUUAUAUACCAGAGAGAAUUAGGACUUAUUGCAUUGACUUCAUACAAACUCUUACAAACUUACUGUUUAAGAAAAAUGUAUUGGAAUUUCACAAGAGACAUAGGACUUAAAAACAAAAACAGCCCUUCUAGGUAGAGUAGAGGUGAAAACUGUCCCCUUCUUUUGGCUUUGGUUGUGAUUUCAGAGCAUAAACUUUUGUUUUUGUUUCCCUCCACGCCCCCCUUUUUACUAUGUUAUUGGAUUUUGAAGUCCGCCAGUGGCAUAUGCCUUUUUCUCUAAUUUUUAAAUCCUGCUGCUUCCUUGUUUUCCUGGCCUUCUGAAUCCCUCUUCCCAUUGUUUUGUUUUUUUAAUUGCACUUGGAACACCGAGUUGUGACUUUCUUUUGGACAUUCUCCAUGGAAAGUGGAAUGGAUUACUUUUUUCCAUGGACUGGAAGAGGAAGUUUAUGAAGAACUUGAGAGUUUUUUUUAAAAAAAAAUGCCUAGAAGAUAUGAAUGAAAUUUGUCUACAAGGUUGUGUCUGAUGGGUGGUUCAUUUUCUCUCUCUCUCUCUCAAAAGUCAAACACAAAGAAAGUGCUAAGAAAUGUUCUGUUCUUGUGCAUUAUAUGGAUUACAGAUUAAGUCUGGCUUGAUUUGAUUUGAAGGCUAUGAAGAACAUGUAAAAAAACAUGUUUGUUUACAGGAAAAUUAAUUUUGGAAAAAAAAUAUUGUAAUGUGUAGUGAAUGUUCCUUCAGUUUUCUUGUUAAGCCAAUGAGGAAUGGGCACUGCCUUUCUUUCACCAUUAAUCACUUCUCAAUAAUAAAUGUGAGAUCCUGUUGAGCAUCA